AUGGCACCUCAGAAAUUUGGCAGCGUGCGCCACAGGGGCAGGCCAACAGCAUCAGCUCGCCUUGCCCCUUUCCGAGACGACACGGGCUUGGUUGCACUGCGGUACGAGGAAACCAAGCAGGCAGAGCCCCCGAUCCCCCUCCCUCCGCCACGAAACCCGCGUCGCCUCGCCCGCACCCAGUCGACAUUCACGUCUUCAACUGCCCCGACAUUCCCCAUCACCGUCAACCCGCCGCCGCAAGAGGUGCACCCGCUGUUCCGCGCCCAGAGGCCAUCACCACCGUCGCGGACCGAGGAGUGGAAAAGAGACUCGGGUGCCCCCACAUCGUCGUCCAUUACCCUCCGAGAAGAGGACGCUGAGGACCCUGUCCAUCAGAAAAUAUUGGAUGACAUUGCUGAUACACCAUCGGUGUAUUCCGAUGACGAGGAAGAGAUCGUCAACGCACCCCAGUCGACUCUCGUCAGCCAAUUUACACCACCCCCGUUGACGGUGUCCAUCCCGCCUCGCCCCGAAAACCUCGAAUCGAUUGUUAGCUCGCCGACGCAAUCGGUGCCAUCACCGACGCGACGCACUUCGUUCACCACCAAAAUCGGCAAGAGCUUCGGCGUUGGAUCUGACGGAUCGAAAAGGCUGCGGAAAAAGAAUCUUGGCGCCGACAGGGCUGCAGCACAGGCAGCGCCUCCCGAGAUGGACCCGUUGCGGGGCUCGCCUAGGUCUCCCAAAUCGCCUAAGCUCCCCCCACAGGCGACAGGGCCAGGCGUGCCAGGGCCUUCGAGCGCCGACAAGGAAGAUCCCCAGACCCCUUUCCGUUCUGCGACAACGAACGACAAAUCCUUUGCGCCGAUCAACACCCCUAUCCCGGACGACAGUCUCUGGGAAGACUUUGGUGCCCUUUCCUUCUCCAAGCGGGGGAGCAUCAUGUUUGGCGGCAAGAAUAGCCUCUUCAAGUCGCUGAUGAUGUCUACCCCCGAUGCGAAAUCGAAUGCGCCUCCCGCCGACGAUCAACGGCGACACGCGACCACCACUACCGCGUCCGCCGCGACCGAGCUCCAGACCCCGACAACCGCGACCGACGACAAUAACAAUGGCAGCGUUGGGAAGACCGACGUGACCGGCGCGGCAACGGAGAAUCCCCGUGCGCCGCCUCCAGCAGACGCACCGUCCGUCCCCAGCAUUCGCGUCUCGUCGAUGGAUGUAGAGAGGGAAUCACAAAAGGUGAGAUCGCUCUAUGAAUCCGGCGACGACCUGAAUUGGGAAGAUGGGGGGCGUGUCUCGUAUCCCGACCGCCUUGAGCCCACAGCGGAGGUCCCGUUUGAAGAGGAAGAGAACGUUGUAUCCUCGAGACUUUCCGAUCCUCCUUCAGCACCAGGUCUCCACCAAGGCGACGGUCAGCUCAACCCUACGCCCACGCCCCCUACAACUACUCCGCGUUCGGCCAAUUCGUUGUCUCCGCUACGAGAUAGCCAGGUCCGACGGGAGUACGAGCGUGCCGGAGGCAUCGAGGACUGGGCCGACCUCGACGGCGCCGAAGUCGACCGCUAUGGCUUCAUCAGCCCCAAGCGCCCCGUCUCGCGCGCCGAGUCGUCGCAGCUGAGAUCAUCGCCGUUCUCGACUAGGAGGAGGAACGUCUUGACUAAGCGUCCAUCUACGUCCUACUCGACGUCGCUGCCGGGCGGGUUCAUCCGCCCCCCCAGCCGGAAGGUUUCGGCGCGGUCACUCAACACGUAUUCAUCCGAUCUGUCGAACAUCUCUCGACGAUCCACCCGGUCGUCGAUUCGGUCGGCCACCAACCGCCUCCCACACAAUCGCGACCGUCGAUGGAUGGACGAGGCGAGUGAGAUGCUAUCCCUGCAAGCUGGCUUGACCGGCAUCACGGACGAGGAAAAAAUGGGCAAGACCCUCGAGGCGUCGAAACGUAAAGAAGCAGAGCGCUCCGAGAAGUGGCGGAAGAUGGCCACCGCCGUAAAAACUGGCAUCGCCAGCAGCAGCAAGGACAACAACGCCCCCGACCCCGGGCUUGAAUCCCAGCCCUCGGGGGGCCCGCAAGGCCAGGGCAUGUCGUACACAUUCGACACGGCCUCCCCCAAGCUCAUCGACCGCACCUGGAAGGGCAUCCCCGACUGUUGGCGCUCCGCCGCCUGGUACGCCUUCCUCGCGACCAGCGCCGCCGCGCACAAUUACAACCACGUCCACAACAGGACCCCGCGCGAGACCGAGGACUACCUCAUCGCCGAGUUCCGCCGCCUGCAGGCUGUCGCCUCGCCCGACGACGUGCAGAUCGACCUGGACGUGCCGCGCACCGUCAACGGCCACAUCAUGUUCCGCCGCCGCUACCGCGGGGGCCAGCGCCUGCUGUUCCGCGUGCUGCACGCCAUCUCGCUGCACUUCCCUGACACGGGCUACGUACAGGGCAUGGCCAGCCUCGCCGCGACGCUGCUGUGUUACUUUGACGAGGAGAGGGCCUUCGUCAUGCUAGUGCGGCUCUGGCGGUACCGCGGACUAGAGCGGUUGUAUGAGCCCGGGUUUGAGGGGCUGAUGGGUGCGCUGAAGGAGCUCGAGGAGCGGUGGUUGACGGGGGCGGGAAAGGAUGUAGCGUCGAAACUCGCUGAACUCGACAUCUCCGCAACCGCCUACGGAACCCGCUGGUACCUGACCCUCUUCAACCUCUCCAUCCCCUUCCCCGCCCAACUCCGCGUCUGGGACGUCUUCAUGCUGCUCGGCGACUGCCCGCCCGAACCAACCACCACCACCACCCUCACCCCCUCCCCCACCACAGCAACAGCACCAUCACCAGCAUACUACACCGCCACCACCACCCCCCAACCCCAACAACCCCAGAGCGACACCACCACCAGCACGCUCCCCAAGGGCCUCGACAUACUGCACGCGACCUCGGCCGCGCUGAUCCACGCCCUGCGCGACGUGCUGCUGGACUCGGACUUUGAGAACGCCAUGAAGGCCCUGACGGCCUGGAUCCCCGUCCAGGACGAGGACCUGCUCAUGAAGGUGGCGCGCGCCGAGUGGCGGCGGCAUCAGGGGCGGGCGAGGCUGUGGGAGUGGGAGUGGGAGGGGUGGGAGAGGGGGCGCGGGGGGAGGGGGGAUAAGAAGGGUGGGGAGAGGGAGGAGGGUAUGGCGGCGGAGGAUGGGAGGGAUGGGGAGGGGAAACUGAAGGGGGAUGGGGUCAAGGAAAAGAAGGGGAGGGGGAUCGGCAGGUUAUGGGAGCGGGCGGGACAUGAAAAGGAAAAGGAAAAGGGGAAGGAUAAACAAAAGGAGGCGAGGGGCACGGAUACGGCUUAGGGGCCGUGGGCUUGCUGGCGGUGCGAGUUUCGGGGCGGGUGACUUGGGCGUUGGUUGGGAUGGAGAUUCGGGAUGGUGGUGGGUUGGUAGGUUGGUGGGUUGGUGGGUUGACCGAUGCCGCGACGAUGGGUGGCGUGUGUGGCUCCCCCUUCCUACUGGUGACGCUCUUUCCAGUUUCCUUCCCUUUGUUUUUGUUCUCGGGAGGUUUGAUGAUGCUUGCCCCUGGCCUUGGGGCUCACAUCGCCAUCGCCGUUUUGUUUGGGUUGGGAGAGAGAGAGUUUGAUACCCCUUGACGUUUAUUGCUUUCUGCGAGAAGCACGCCAUGCUCGUGCGGUUGGGGUGGUUGCGGUUUUUAAUUCGUUUUCUUCUACCUACUUGUAACCUAACCCGUGUGGUAGCAAGCACGCGGCUAUGUUUUGUAUGUGUUAGUAUGUAAUUGAUUAGCGUUAUUGACCGUCG